AUGUUCGGCUGGUUCCGUGACUACUGGCGCAUCGUGAUCCCGCCCAAGUCGCUCGCCGAGAUCGACGCCGAGCGCUGGCUGCUCGUGUGCCCUUUACCUGGCGGCGAGAGGUCGUGCCAGUGCCGGUCGUUCUUCCGGUACUACAUUCUAAUCGCCGCGAUCACGGCCCAGUUUGUCUGCGGCGUGCUCUUCGCACUCAGCACGGUCUCCAAGCCGUUUGAUUUGAACGUCUUUGGCGGCCACAACCAAGACCGCAACACGGCGCUUGGCAUCCUCUCCGGUGUUUGCGUCGCGCUCACGGCCGCGUUCGUCGGCCCCGCGUCGGAGCGCAACGGCCCGCGCUGGAGCACGCUCCUCGGCGCGGGCUUUGUUGCGCUCGGCCUCCUCUCGGUGCAGUUGGCGCUUUGGACGCUCACGUGGUCGCCGCUCAUCCUCGGCUGCGUCUCGCUCGGCCUCGGCUUCGGCUACCUCAUGGUGAGCUCGAUCUCGACCCCGCGCGCCGACGCCGCCGCGCCGGGCACCGAGCGCGCCUACUACGAGCACGUGCGCGGCCUCACCUUGGUGCAGUGCAUUUUUUCGACCGACUUUGUCUGCCUCGUGCUGGCGUUUGCCGCCAACACCACGAUGGCGCUGCUGUACGUCGAGAUUGCGACGCCGAGCGUGGACGGCCUGCUAACCUCGUGGUACGACGUCUCGCUCGCCGACGCCAACGCGUUCAUUCUCCACGCCGACGUUGUCGGUCUGGCCGGCCGCUUCUGUUGCCCGAUCCUCUCGGACGUUCUCUUGCGCGUGCUGUACCUCAACCCUGCGUACGCGCGCAAGCUCGUGAUGCUAUUGCUGCUGCUCGUACCGGCGGUUGCGCUGCCGCUUCUGCACAGCCAACUCGACGAUUUUGGCCAGCUGAAAACACUCAUUUUCAUCGUCAAGGUCUGCUCGGGCGGCGGGUUUGCGGUCAUCGGCUGCUUCCUCACUGAUCUCUACGGCGUCUACAACAUGGGCACGAUGUACGGGUUGAUCCUCAUGAGCUGGUCCAUCGGCAUGGUCGUCGUCCGCCUCGUCUUCUCGGGCCUCAAGAGCGACUUUGUCGACCAAGUCCGGCUCAUGUGGGUCCUCUCGAUUGCUGGGUUUGUCUUUAUGGCACUCGUCCGCACCGACAACAUGGACCGGUUCUACCUCGGGUACCAGUACUCGGUGUGUGGCAAGAUUGUCAUCCAGCGACCGUACAAGAAGACGGCCAGUGUGCGGCAGAGCGUUGCGUCGAUCGCGCGGUCGACACCGACGCCGGUCGGUGGGAUUGCACCACCCGAGGACACGCGCACUCGUCACGACGAGCCCUUCUUCCUCGUGAGCUCCGAUUCCGAGACGAGCUACGUCGUCUAA